GAGCAUCUGCCAUGGGCGCUUGUUUACAACUUGAAGGGUUCAUGUGCCGCUCCGGGCUGCUCAGCGGCGAGCAGCUCCUUCGUCCCUCAGUCAUCCCCGCAUCGAGGGUGCUCUGCAAAGACGAACUGGUCAUCCCUGCUGCUCGUUGAUACUGGAUUGCCUCAGCUCAGCAAGACUACUUAUGCUUUCUGUGGAAAUAUGUCAGAAAAACUUAACCAAGAAGCUGAAUCACAAUGGGUGAGUGAAACUGUGCUGCCGACUCAAAUAUGAAACAACAAAAAAAUGUAUAUAACGAAAAAUAAGUUAUAGUGAUUUAUUUAUCUUGGCAUAAUAUUCAUGUCGCGGAUAAAAUGAACGAGUUCCCCGAUUUACUGCCUUGCAACAGUGCCACUGUUGUUGCAGUCCACAGGACUAUAAUGCUUGAGAAGUGAGUGUGAAAGUUGUGAAUAGGAGAAUGUACGAUGAAGAAGGCAGUGUCUGUGAAACAGGUGGGCAGUCUACCUAGAGCUGUUUUAAUGAAUUACGUAGUGUGUUGAGGAAGCAUUUUCGCCGCAGUAGGGAAAACAUGCCAAGUCAGUGCCACCUGAAACACUACUCAACGGGACAAUUGGCAUCGUCUUCUCCAUAAAGAAAAAAAACAAAAAGAAAACAAAAAGUUGGUGCCCGCAACAGUAGCGAGGUAGAAAACACCCGGUGGAGGAGAAACGCUCGCCCCGCAGAGGAGUACAGUGCCUCAGGAACUCUCAACGCACAGAAGCUGGACACCUCAUUGAUAAGGAAAAGAAUCGGUGGUGGUAUCUUUGUCAACGAAAAAAAAAGCAAAAACGAAAAGAAAAGAAAGAAAAUAUAUCCGCCGAACACAUCGUGCAUUUGAUCACACUGCGUCGUGCGAGAUAGCGAGUUAAUUGCCUGAGGUUUUCUUCUUGGUCGUAAAUUUCCAAGACUGCGCUCCAUUAGUGAGAGAAGGACAUGAUUACGCAAGAACAACUCCUCGACUGAAGACAACUGACCGGUGUUUACGUGUGUGAGUGUGUUUAUGCGUGAAGGGGUAGUGAGCACGCACAGGCACGACGCACAUAGUCUUGUAAGAUGAAUUUUUUGUACUACAAGGGAUUUAGCGACGAAAAGGCGGGUUCUUCUCACGUCGGAUACAAAAAGAAAAAGGAUCAAAGGAAGAAAAACGCCAAUUUUCAGUAUGGCAUCGAAGCUGUCAAAGUUCACAGAGCAGACAGCAUCACAUGCUGCGGGUUGACACAGGCCCGGCCACACCGGUCGUCAGUUGGCCGCCUCACAAAUGGUACCUACUACCCUCACCCCCACCUGAAGAAGCAAUCUAUGUUCCUGCAGUCCACGCCCACCCCGACAGGUCACGUCGUGGGGUGCGAGUGUGAGCUCUGCACCACGGAGUUCCCUCUGCGCACCCACCUACUCAUCGACAUGUCAUAUUCAAGACUGAAUCAAGAGCAGCAGACCACACCUAAAACCAGCACGGGCUCCAGGUUCAGCUUUUUUAGUCGCAAGAAGACCUCUAGCUCGUCCUCGGCAGCUCAGACGGCGGCCACCUUGGCCCUGCUGAGGGAGCAGAGGCGCCUUAUUGCCGAGAGGGCACUGAAGCAGGCCGAGGAGGAGGAGGCAGAGAUGGCGUCCUCGUCACAGGUCCCCGUGACGCUGAGCACCCUCAAGCAGGACUCCCUCAUGAUCCCUGCGUCCCGCAUGGCUCAGUUCUUUCCUGCCGGACACCCAAUUCCAACAAGCAGCAGUCACGGCCGUCUGAGGCUGCUGGAGGCUCCUGAGCAGAACAUCCAGGUGGUGUUCCACAUGAUGGGCCACGCCACCCACGUCACGCCGGCCCUAUGCUCGCCGCUGCAAGAUCUCUACACUCAGCACCGUGACUGUGUACUCAAGGCAUUCCGGGCAGCGGUGAGCGGAGCUGGAGUGAGCAAUGCAGCGCUGCAGGGGAUGGUGCUGCUCAACUUGGAGCGGGGAGGCGAGAUGGGCGCAGUGGAAUACCCGUUCAUGAUGGUGUGGGUGGUAGAUGGGCGGCAGUGUGACUCACGUCUCGUCAUCAGUAAGCUGCGUCAGCUCAGCCUCGAAGUGUUCGACCCAGCCAAAACAGGCUUCUCCUGCCCCCACUACUUUGACACCUUUGAAGAGGUGGCCAUGUUAGCGAGACCUCCUCUCGAGAAACUGACGCGCAAGGCCACCACCUCUGCCACAGGCUACAUCCUGACAGUGUUCAAGGUGUUCGAGGGCGACGACAGCGUUAAAUUUGAAAGGAACUGGCUGAGCUGGACAGGAGCAAGGACGCUGUACAAGAGCCUGAUCAGUGAGGUAGGGCUGCGUCGCCUCACGCUGCACAAGUCACGGGCCCAGGGCGGCAUGUUGCACUACGUCCUCCUCUGUGACUGCGCAAACUUUCUCACCAACCUCCACCAGGCGGUGCGGGCCAUUCCCUCCCUCAGGUUGCGGUUAUGCGGCGAUAUGGGCCUCUACAGACCGAUAUCCACGUACUAGUCAAGGUCUCAGGCUGUGCAUGGGGCAUCUUUGGGUGUCAGGGUUGUUCGUGAUGUCUGGCGGGUGUCAGGACCGUGCGUAACCUCUUAAGGAAAGUGUCGGAGCCGUCUAGUUUAAAUGUGUGGACUAAAAUUACGGAGAAAGAAUACCUCUGUUGUAUCCUGUUGUUAUACAUGUUAUUAAAUUUAAUUAAAUCUAAAUCUGUCAAAAAUAUAAGAUGAAAUAUUGCUAUGUAAUGAAAAAAAAAAACUAAUAACCAAUGUAAUAUAUAUAUAUAUAUAUAUAUAUAUAUAUAUAUAUAUAUAUAUAUAUAUAUAUAUAUAUAUAUAUAUAUAUAUAUAUAUAUAUAUAUAUAUAUAUAUAUAUAUAUAUAUAUAUAUAUAUAUAUAUAUAUAUAUAUCCUGGAUAGAAGACGAAAAUGUGCACAUAUUAUUGUACAUAUGUAGGUACUUCAACUUCUGUGAUCAUGUGUAGUACGUGGCUGUCAGACGAGAUUUAAUCAUCUGAGUGCUGAAAAGAUAGUAAUUAUGAUUUAGGUUUUUCCCCUCUCUUAUUGUUGCACAAAUUUCUCACAGUUCAUCACUGUUUUCCUUCAACCAAUCAUAGGGCUAUUAUCAUGCAUAUCUUUACAUUCGUCAUCUAACAUAUUAUUCACAUCAAUACAUCCAGUCCCUACCACGCUCUUCUACUUUGCAUUCAGCUCAUCCUCAAUGUGUGCGGUUUUUACAUGUGUAUUCAUAACAAAUUAUUUACGAUUAUGUACGAGUAUAUACCAUGGCAUUACACUCCCUUGGCUCUUGCAGUAUCCUCUAGCAAUACAAUGUCAGAAUUCAUUUUACUAUGUACAAAUGGAUCUGACAGAAACGUGCCAAACUUUAGUCGUGUAGUUGUUGUGUUGAUGGACACAUUUCUUUGUUAUACAGUACAAUAGUCUCUGUUCUUGGUGCACCCGACUUUCAUCUCCCCCAAGGCGCUGCACAAAUGUCACCUCUCUGUCCUGGAGAAGGGAAGGUGUGAGGAAAAGUGGAAGUCGUAUCGUUAUCAGUGACGAGGUCCCCAUUCCCCUUAUGCCGCUUUCUCUGCUCGUUUACUUGUCUGAAUUUCUGUUAAUCCAGAACUAUUUGUGAUAUUGUCUAACCAGCAUUGCUUCCUUAUCUAAGUAAUAUUUAUUUAUCUAUUCAUUCAUUCAUUAUAUACUUGCUUACUUAUCAAUGUUAAGUGAUUUUCUUAUUUUAUUUAGUGCUAGUGAGGGUUGGUUUCUCGUACUUCCCAAUUUUGCCUUUUAAGUUUGAUUUAAUGAUGGAUCACGUUAAGUUCGGGACCUUUCAACAAUCGUGCAUAAUAGGUAACUACCGUUGCUUUCCUAGUCUAGUGGUGCAUGCUCGUGAGUCCCCUGAUCACACCGUACUGUGUCUGGCCCAACAUGGGGCCGCUCAAAGAGUAGCACAUGUGGAAUUUAUCAAUAAAAUAUACGUUUUUGUUGC